AUGGGUAACUCUGGUUAAAGUUGUGACAAGAAGACUAGAGUUAGAGGAAACUCAGGAUAGUAUUUCAACUUUACAAUUCAUUUUCAAGUACAAAUUGAUUUCAUAAUUAUAGUCAAUAUUUUACAACCUUAUCUACAGUUCUAAUGGGCGAAUUUCAGAGGAUACGACCUUUCAAAGUAAGUAAUAAUUUUAAAUUUCAAGUGAUAGCAGAUAGUUGAGGUAGACCCAAUGAGGCCAAUGCCAAUAGUCAAUUGUCUGAUCAUGAUCUUAUAAUAUAGAUAAUUUGGAUGGGAUAAUUUGGCUUAUAAAUAAGUAAUACAAAGUUAAAAAGAUUAUGCCAGAUUGUAGAAUGCAUUAAAUAACAAUAACACUUAAUUAAUACUAUUAGGCCUAGGCACUAGACUACUAAUAACUAAUAAAUGGCCGAUGAUUAAACUUAUUAAGCUAAGACUAAGUAAGUAAAAAAUGACCAAAUAAAUGAAAAAUACCGUAUUUUCCGGCGUAUAAGACGACUGGGCGUAUAAUACGACCCCCUACUUUCCUGUUAAAAUCUAGGCCUAUAAGACCACCUCCGGCGUAUAAGACGACCCCCGACUUUUGAAAAGAUUUUCAUGUGUUAAAAAGUCGUCUUAUACGCCGGAAAAUAAGGUAGUAAAAAAACAUAACAUUAAUAACAUGCUAAAAUUGGUCAUGAUUUAGUAUAGGUCUAUGUUACACUAUGUAGUGUGGUCUAAUUUUAAUAUUAUGACACUCACACAGAGUGACUGACUCCACAAUAACAAUAGUGUUUGUCAUUUCUAUGACAAAAUUUUAAAUACUGCAGAAUAAUUGUGAACUGAGUCACACUGAGUGAAUUCAUUUGGCUUAGAUUAGAGCACCUAGAGUAGAGUACUUAGAGCUAGAUCUAGAGCUGUUUUGUGUUAUCGCUUUGAGGGGGAUCUGGAAUUUAUGACAAACUUUGAUUGGGAUCGAAUAAAUGGGGAAAAUAUUUAAAUGUCUUUAUGUUGAUGUCAUAGUUAAGUAAUCUGUUAAAAUUUACUCAUACUCAUACUCACUCCUCAUGCUGUGACAUAGUCUAUAUCUACUCAGGCCUACUGUGUUACUUUAUGACAUAAAGUUUAUGCAAUGGUCCAAGGAAUACCACUUCUGUUUAUUGGCUGUUUCUGUAGGAGCACUCUGCAGGAUCAGGUUUCUUUUUGGCAUAUCCUAUUCUAAUGAGUAUUUUUUUGCCACGGCCGCAGGCCUCAGGAGUUUUUCAGCCUUACUGUGGUUUUUAUUUUCCCUUGGCUGGCCCACCUUAUCCAUCUUAUCAUCCUUACUUUCGUUUAACGCGGAAGUGUGGUGACAUUUUUACAGAUAAAAAGAUAUGCAUACAAAAAUUAUUUAGUUUCAGACAUUCUACCAUCUAAAUCCAAAUAUCGCUGCACAUACAUCUGGAUGAUAAUGCUAUUAAUACCUUUAACUUUAAACAAGGCAUGAAAUGUGACAUUUUUUCUUACCUUUUUAUUACAUAUUUGACAGAAUUGUUAAAAUUAAUUUUCCACAUUUGCAAUUAGUAAUUUUCACUUGAAAUUGCAGAUUCUGUCAGUAGUGAUGGUGACAAUUGCCAUUGUACUGACAGUAGUAUCAUUAGUUGGUCCUGACUGGGUGAGUGCGUCAUUUUAUGAAGGUGAUGUCAAGUCAUGGGGACUUUGGUGGGACUGCUUAAAAGUUCAUGCUUCCUUUGAGAUGUGUCUUAGUGCAGGUAUAUUGACAGUGAUUAAUUUAUUUUAUGAAGUGCAAGCACUGUUAAAUGGCCAAUUUUAUGUAUAUAAUGACACAGAAGGAAUUUUGAAAGAAAAAAAUCUCAUUCAUUUCAGCUAUUUUCAUAAAUAAUAAAACAAUUGGGUAAUAAUUUGAGAGGCUGCCAAUUGUGAAAAUUAAGUAAAAUUUUUCAGAGACUGGUGUAAUUUUCUUAUUUUACCUUUUUUAAAAGACUUUGUAAAGGUUGUUUUUUUAGGUAGUGAAUUGUAACCUUUUUUGGUUCUUUUUGUAAUCUUAGACUGGCUGGCAGCAUGUGCAGCAAUGGUGUUUCUCUCACUUAUUGCUGACUUCUUGGGGGCGGCUUUGGGUGUUUGGGGUUUGAGCUCCAAGAGGCGCCUCCCAUGUGUUCUGGCUGGUGGUGUGUGUAUUGUGUCAUGUACGUCAUUGUAAUUUUCUCAAUUUAUUUUUAUAAAAUUAUUGAAUUUUUAGUCCAAGUAGAUAAUUUACCUAUGAUAUUAAUUGCAUUUCACUGUAGAUUUCAAAUAUUUUCAAUUAACUAUCUAUCACAUGGCAAAUAAUUUUUAUGCAAAACAAGAAACAAAAGCUUCAAAACAAAAGUUAUCAAUCUUUUUGUGCAGAUUAUUCACACAGCAAACCUGUUGUUAAGUUAUAGUCUAUGCUCCAGUGUUAAAUUAAACAAAAAUUGUUGCUUAUACUUUACUUGCUUAUUUUCCCUGCAGGUAUUUGCAUGGUCAUCAGUCUCAUCAUUUACCCUGUUAUGUUUACUAAGGAGGUAUCAACAUCAUAUUAUUUUCAUACUUAAUUUUCUCUAAAGCAAAAGAUUGCUGGCAUUAAAAUUGAUUAAAGGGAUAUAUAUAGAAAAAGGAAGAAAAAAAAUAUUGUUACGUUACAAGAAUAUAAAUCAACCUAGCUGUAAGAUAACAAAUGAAGGUCUGUAAUAAAUUCAAUGCAAGGUAGAGCUUUUUCUAUUAUUUAUUUACAUUUUUAAGAAAGAAUUGCUUUAAUAGUUACCUCACAAGUUCAUUUUUUGUCCUGCUUAUGUAAUAAACCACUAAACAGUAUUCUUCGCUUUGUCAUUUUCCUUUUAUGUUUUAAUCCUUGCCAUUUCUUUCUUCACCACCGACCAGGUAAGAAACAAUCCAGAUUAUAAUGCAGAGACAUCAGACUUUGAGUUCUCAUGGACCUUUGGAAUAGCCUGUGGUACAGUUUUCUUUCUCAUGGGGGCUUCCAUCUUCUUCUUCAUCAGAGUAAGUGAAGAGGAGGACGCUCAGCCAAUGAAGUCUGUCCAAGACAAAUCGUAUUACAAAGUCAUGUAAGGACACAGACUUUUGAAGAGUACUUAAAAAUCUGGUCAAUUUCAUCCAUAUGAGCUUAUGUCGUACGUGAAAUAAUUCAAUUUUUAUGUCUCAAAGUCAACACCUUUUUUAAUGCAUAAAUGAUUUAAUAAUCUUUACCCUAUGUCACGUAGGCUUGCUUUUUUGCUGAAAGAUUAGAUUUGGAUGUAAAAUGUGUUACUCUGAGUAUAUUUAAUAUCAGACCCUAUAAAGUUAUUAAAAUAAUUGCUUCUUUGUUUUAAUUUUAAAGAGAACAUACAAAAUACAAAGAGAAACACUCAUUCGGGAUCAGAGAUGGGAGAUAAUGACACCAAUAAGUUAAGGCGGGGCAUUCAGGAGUUUGUUCAUUUUACAUUUUUUACAAUUAAUUUACUUCGAGAUCAUGGGCCAUCCUUAUGUUAUAUAUACACUGAGCAGGACGGGUUGGCAGACAGAUCUGAAGUCCUGACAAAUGCACACAAAAUGAAAAUUUAUGACAGGUUUGGAAAUAGAAUCAAAGAAGAAAUUUUAUGUUAUAAUGCGGAUAAAUAAAAUUAUGUGCUUUUUUUUAAUGUUAUUUAACAUGUAAUAAUUUAUUCAUCAAGCCAGUAUUGUGUUUCAAAAGAUUUUUUACUCUCAGAUGGACAAUGAAAAAUGCAUAAUGAUAUAUUAUAUGAUAUAUUAUAUGGUGCUUAUAAUCUUAGAAAAUAACCAAGUUUAAAGCAAGUAUUUACAAUAGUUUACCAUUUAUGUAAAUAACUCUGUUUUCAGAAUAUCCAAUGCCAGUAGAUGGCUUCAAUGUUUGUUUGAAGAUCAUUUUAGCUUCCUACUAUGGCAACACUAUAUAUCUAGUCAAAAAAAACUUAUUUGUGUGGUUUAUCCAGAAAUAUUAACCCUAGAGAUGAUUAUUCUGCAGCUUAAUUUAGUAGACAUUGUUGUGUUGUUUAUGGUUUUAACAAUGAAAUAGUGAGUGGCUUUCCAGCAUAAUCAUACGCAAUUUUAGAACCUAAAAUCUGUUAUGGUGACUUCUCUUUUUUCUAAAAUUCCCUGUGAAAAUGAUUUCAUUCAGAGUUUUUUGUUUAUUUUAAAGUCGUUAUGUUAUUGUAAUAAUUAUACCAUUGAUUUACAUAUCAAUUAAAAAGUCUGGGAAUUCCUUGUUUUAAAGAGACGUCACCAUCAGCAGUCAAAUAUACUGCAAAUGUUGUUUAUUUUGUGUUAUUUUGUUCCAAAAAUUUGAACUGACUUGUGUUAAUGGUAAUUUUUCCCCAAGAUUUAUAUUUAUGUUCUUAGUUUCGAAUUUUAAGACUUAAUCAAAACUGAGGUUUACUUAAUCCCACAUUCUACUGAUCGUGUUCUGUAGAUCUCACCUCUCAUUCCCGUACUUUUUCGUACUCCAGGCUUUCCCUAAACUAGACACAAGGCAUCCAGUGUCACUGUGAUCAUUCAACUUAUUGUUGACUGCUUUGACGUACAUUCCGCUGAGACUUUUUUUCUCAUCAAUUUGUUCUUACUUUAAAAAAAAAAAAAAUUUCUUAGAGAAUCUCAUUUUUUACAUAUUUUUUUUUAGAGGCAACUGAUAUAUAAAAGGGGGGGCGUUUAAAUUAUUGUGAUUGCUUCUUCAUUGAGAUGUAUUGUGUUAUAAAUAGUUUUACUUUCAAUUUCAAACAUUGUGAGGAGAAGUUUAUUGAUAAUUCUCUUGUUUGUUUCUUUAUGUGUAAAUAAUGUGCCGUUUUUUUAUUUUUAUAUAAUAGAGGGUCAGAAUAAAAAUAAAAAUAAUCGAAUGGAGGUAAUAAAAUUUUUACAGAUUUUUAAAUGUCAUCAAUAUUAGACUACCUCUAAGCCAUUGCUUGAGAUAAAUUAUUUAAGUUGUGUUCAAAAAAUUUAAUGUUUUAUUAGGCAUAAUAGUGAAACGUAUUUUGUGUGUCUAUGUACAAAUUUUUUUCCUCAAUCAAAUCUCAGUUAUUGAGAAAAAUAUUUUUAUGCUAUCACAAAAAUAAUUGUAAAUGAGCUGAUAAUUUAACAGAAAAUAUACUUGUAGAUUUGUAUGAUUAUUUUGAAAAAAAGUGCAUUUCUUGUUCAAUAGAGAGUCAGUACCAUAGACAACUGUUACUAUUAUUUGUCUACUUAAGAUUUUUUUUAUGUCAUAUGUUGAGAAAUUAAGUAAAUAACCCAGUUGUAUAAAAUAAAAAGAAACAUUUCUAUGGGAAGAAAAAAAUUAAGUUAAGAUAAAUCUUAUUAAUGUCACUAAUCUAAUCUUCUGAGGGAUAUUACAUAAUAGGCAUUGUAUGUAAUUUGAUGUAACAAAAAAUUGCUGUUGACAGCAACAAAAUAACAGCUUGUGACCGUCUCAUUUUAAAAUAGUGCUACACCUUAUUAAAACUAUUCAUCAUUUUUCUUGAGACAACCCACAGAGAAAUUGAGUCACUUUGUGUUACAUUCAAUUUAUUGUUUACCUUAGUGCUGGACCAAAUUAAAAUUGGUAUCAAUCAAUACAAGAGAAACACUUUAUUUAGCUAAAAUUCUUUGAGCUAAUUUUUCAUAUCACUGGAAUAUUUGAAAGAGUCCCUUUUGAAAUUAUAUUUGACACAUAAAUAUGAUGUAAUAUAUAAAAUAUUUUUCAAUUUUGUAGCUUUAAUUUUAAAAUGAAUUGAUUAAAAGUUUGAUCUUUUGAGGUUUUUUUUAAUAGAUCAGGGGUGGGCAAAGUAUGGCUCGUGCUCCCUUUAAAAAAUUUUUUUUAAAAACGAUCAUAAAAAUGGAGGGGAAAAAAAAGUGUCCUCCCCUGGUAUAGAACAGAAGCAUGUUUAAAAUAUUGGACUAGUUAAAAAAAUCAAAUGUUAUUAUGUGAUAUUUAAAUGUCUAAUACACAAAACUCAUUCCGUUUAUUUCUUGCUUAUAUAGCAUACUAGAGAUCUUAUGUUUAUAAUAAAUACAAUGAAAUUAUUCACUUGCCUGAUCAUGUCAAUGAUUUUUUUUCAGCAAAAUUUGUUAUUCAAGAAGAUUUUUUCUUUGCAGUCAGUGGUGGUGAAAUGUUUUAGGAAAAAAAAAUGUAUCCCCACUCCAAUUUCCCUAUAUUAUUUUAUGAAUAGUCAUAUUGAAGUGUAUGUAGAUUCUACAUUGUAGAAGAUAGCUGAAUUCACUUAAUGCUGUUGAAAGAUAAUUCCACUAAUGCCAAUGUUUAAAAUUUAAAUAAGAAAGUUUUAUUGUCCCGUAAUAAUUUUUCUCUGGUUUUCACACAAGUAUUUAGUUAUAAUGUGUUCAAAGUUGUCUGGUUGUUCUCGUUGUGUCAGUGUUAUGGAAUCCUAGUCACACCGGUUCAAUAUUGUUAAGAUCAGUCUUAUUAUAUAAGCAAUGAUACAUUUUGAUAAUUUAUAAUGCGAUGAUUUCAUGUGGAAUCUUAUGUACUAGGUAAUCUCUAUUUUUAUAUCUCCAUUUCAGGGGUAUUUUAAUUUUUUGUUACAUAGGAUGAAUUAGAUUCACAUAUUUUUUAAUCUGUUAAGUAUCUGGUCGGCGUUAUCUUAGUUUUGUGGAUAAUUGUUAGUUUGCCUGUUGAUAGUUUUUAUUUUUAAGGUAAUGCCUGUAAAAGACUUUUUAAAUCUAUUCUCAUGUUGCAAAGCAUUCAUAGGCAUCAGAAUCGGAUAAUAUAUUAAAAUGUAGUUACUCAGCAAGACAAAAUAUGCAUCAAGAAAACAUUGAGGUAAAAGGCAAGAUCUGGAUCUCUGAGGAGGAUGUCUAAGUAGGGAUAACUUGUUAAUAUUUUUGUGUAAAAAUGUUCUAUCCCCUCAGACUUACUUUUCUAAGACACUUUUAUUGGUCUAUGAUUAAACCUGGAAUUAUGCAGUAUGUGUUUUAGUUAAAUAUAAUCAUCAUCACCAGAUAAACAAUGACAUCUCCACUGUGUUGAUGAUUUAGACCUUAUAGAGCAAACUUGGUUUAAUCAAAUGGCAUUUGAAGUUUUUUUUUCAAGUAAAGAUGCUUAAAUUCAAAUAGAAUUGCAUGUAUUGAUGUAUUUUAAACAGACUGAAUUUUGACAUUUUUGAAGACCUGAGAAAGUGUAUUAGUAUUAGCAUUAGUCAUAAACAAACGUUUUUUAAGAAUUGAAAAUCUAGCAGCUGUUUCAUUUUAUGAGUUGUACCAAAACAGAUAUUAAAUAUAUAUAUGCCAUCAGUCCAAUAU